CAGCUAGUUUUGCUAUGAGGAAGAAUGCUCUUGAGAUUGCUGAAAUCAAAGAACAGGAAAGGGUUCAAGAAAAGACAACUGAUGGAGUCUCUAGCAUUGGUUCAACAAGGGUGAAGCAUAAAUUCAUUCCAAAGCUAGGUAAUCCAGGAAAAUUCUCCAUCUCAUGCUCUCUUGGAAGUUUGAAAGUGGACAAUGCUUUGUGUGAUUCUGGAUCAAGCAUCAGUGUAAUGUCUUUAGAUAUGGUGGAGAGACUAGGGAUCAAGACUCUAAAGCAUCACCCUAUAUCAAUUACCUUUGGAUAUUCAUUUUCAAAGAAGUCAUAUGGAAUCCUUGAAGAUUACCCACUAAAGAUUGGUGAAUGCAUAGUUCCAACUGAUUUUGUGGUAAUGAAGAUGAAGAAGACCAAAGAGCUUCCUCUCUUGCAUGGAACUCCUUUUCUAAACACCACAGGAGCAAAGAUUGACUUUGAUACUCAAAGAGUGGUGUUUACAAAGGUAGAUGAUGAAGUUUUCUAUCCUCUUAAGCCUCCUCUUGUUGGGUUUUGUAGAGUUGUAUCUGAAGAUGUUGAUGAGUUCAAAGACUAUAAGAUGAAGUAUGUGGGGAGUAUUGGAACUAUAGAGGAAGCUCAACCCCUUACAGAUGUUGACAAGAAGAAAGAAUCCCUAAUAAGACCUGAUCUUGAGUUUGAAGGAGAUUUCUUUAGUGAUGAUGAAGCUUGCUUGGAAUCUCUAUCUCCUACACCAAGUGAGAAAGAGCUCAGCAACAACAAAGGCAAAGGUUCAAGCUCCCAAUACAAGAGCCCAACAAGCACCAAACCAUUAUCUCUUGGAUCUUCUUCUAAAGUCUUAACUCUCACUCCAUGGAAGUUUUAUUGGUGGAACUGUAGAUUACAAGGUUCAAAGCAAUGGAGGAUCAAGACUAUUUGCUAAGGUCAGGGCAAUCCUCACACCAGAAUUCAAGGACAAAAGCUCAGCUGGUGUUCGAGAGCUGAUGAACAAGGUCCUUACACUUGAGAUCAUGGAAAAGACAAGGAGCAUCAAUGCUCCUCCUCCCCCUCAUUAAAAAGAGUGUGUAUAGGUGUUAAAGAAGUUUAACAAAGGGGAAUGAGGCCAAAGAAAUGGGAAAAGAGGAGUAGCAUCAAAGUUCAAAACCGUUCAACUUCACUCCGGCCACAACAUUGGCCAAAACUUACUCCAGAGUGGAGCUUUUGCUUAAGGAAAAGCUUACUCCGGAAUGUACACCGGCCAAAUGCACCCCAAAGUAAAGCUAACCUCAAAACGUGGUGUUUUACACCGGCCAAUACCUCGGGGAAAAGCAACCUUGUGUAAACUCCACCUCAAAAUGCGAUGUUUUACACCGAGUUCAACAUAGGGGAAAGGAACC